CAUUUGGUACAGUACGUCAUAAUCUGUCUCAUAAGUAACUUGUCAAAUCCUAACCUCUUAACUUUCAUGGGCGAACAAUUUCAUAUCUCUUUGUGAUAAUAUUAAAUAGUCCACUGUAGUGAAUAAUGGCAGACCCCAAAUACGCCGGUUUAGAAGGAAUAGCUUAUGAUGAGCCUGAUGUCUAUGAAACAGCAGACUUACCAGAGUCUGACCAGGCACAAAAUUUCAUAGAGGAGACUAACACCAUAGUCGAACGUAUUACCAUUUCGCCUAAUGAUGCCUUCAACAAGUUCAAAGGCAAAGCUAUUGAUGGACAGAAGGUGGACUUUUCUGACACUCUGACUUCAACUCCACAACCAGGGUAUGAAAUAAACUGGGAACUGAUGGAACAAGGACAGAAGGAGACUCUGGUACAGAAAGCACAAAGAUUACAGUGUGAACUUGCUGAAUUGGCUGAAGAAGUGAAACAACAGGAAAAAAGUGCCAAGGAUGGAAAACAACAGGAAAGCAUUCUAGUGACUGGCACUCAGAUUGAUGAAGCACUGAGAAAGUUGGCAGAUCUCAAAAUUGCAGAGUCACUUGGAGAGGAUUUGAUCAGCAGUAUAGUUGAUCCACAAGGAGCACAAAUAAAGAAUUUAUUGGCUCAACUGGAGAGCUUCAAAAAAGCGUCAGUCGAAGCACCCGAGGGUCAAGCGCAGGGCGAGGGUGUAACCUUCCAGCUGAAUUACAGGCCGGAGAAGAUAAAGCUUCAGCAGACGGCGCGCGUGGCCGACCUUGAGAUGCGCCUACAUCGAUUGGAGAGCGUGCUGGGAACCAAGGGGGACAAAUUGACACGUCUCACAUCUGCUACUGAGAAAAGCAGUUUAUUAGAGUCAGCUCAGCACUUGUCAGCAACAGCAUGUCUCCUGGCCCCUAAACAGUUGGAUCACAUUGAAGGACGACUCACAGCAUUGGCGCAAAAAAUGGACGGACUUGUGAAAGUCAAGCAGGAAAUGGCUGCGGACGUGGAGAAGGAUAAAAUGAUCAAGGAGUUAUAUGAUUUGGUAAAGGACAGCGAGAAUUUCGCAAAAGUUUUACCAGGGACUGUAGAACGUCUACAGGCUUUGGAACAACUGCACAACAAAAGUGUCGAGUUUGCAAGCACACUCACUCAAGUGGAAGUUCUUCAGGCUGAAAUUCAAGGCAAUGUGGAAAACAACAAAGCUCUCCUUAAAGGAGUACAGGAAAGCUUUGCAGUCAACUUAGAUGAGAUUAAUAAAACCGUAAUCGGGCUCGACGCUAGGUUGAAAGCUUUCAAGAAAAAAUAACUUAACUACACUAGUGCUCGUAAGAUGUAACACGAAAUUGGUCAUAAAUUAAUGUUUUGCUUCUCGAUAAACAGUCGCACUCACUAAUAUCUUGUUUUGGUGGACGGUAAUUAUUUUCAUUUUUUCAUUAUGGUAAUAUUAUUUAUAACCAAAAUAAAGAAUUACGUAACACA